AUGAUUAUCGCUGUCUUUCUUUCAUUUCAAAUCAUACUGUUUCUUCAACUCACCACAGUGUGCAUGAAAAGUGUUAAGGAUAAACAAAAGAAUGAGAAGCGUGAGGAAAAGGAGAAUAGGAGUGACAAGAAGCAUGGAGAAAAGGAAAAAAAGAAAACCUCUGAGAUAAAGUGCGAAGAAAUGAAAGCUUCUGAGAAGAAGAACGAAGAAGAGAAAGACGAGAGAGAAAAAGAGGAAACAAAGAAAAAUGAAGAAAAUAAAAAGGAGAAAAAAGAACAGGAGAAAGAUGAGGAAAAGAAAACUGAAGAGGAAAAGAAGGAAGACCAAGGAAAAGAUAAAUUGAAGAAAGAAGACGAAACGGCAAAUGAUAAGAAGGAUUUAAAAGAAGGACUAAAGUUGGAUGUUUCUCCAGCAGAACUAAAGUGGGAAUUCGAACAAGGACAACAGGCUAUCAAAGUAAAGAACAAUACCAUGAAACGUUUCGCAGUCAAAGUCAAAUGCACUGACACCAAUAUCUACACAUUAUGCGGUUUGUCAGCAUCAAAGGUUUUUCAAGAGCCACCGAAGAUGUACAUUUAUGGAGAACGACCAGUGACGGUCUAUCGUAAGCUUCUUUUAAUCAUAAAAAAAUUAGACGGCACAACUUUGUGA